CGCAUUGUAGAGUACAGCGAUAAAAGGGUAGACUGUAUCUCUCUAGAUCGCAAGAAAAACACUUUCAGACAAUAAAGGCCAUAUUGUUACAGAAAUUAUCAUUUACAAUGUAGUCUGGGCAAAUUGUCAGAUGUUUUAUUCUUAACAAAACCGAGUAUCAAACAACGACGUCAUCGCAUCGGAAAAUAUUUAGAGCAGGUUUCGUUUUGUCUACUACAGCCCAAAUCCCACCAAGGCUAGUGCCUUGUGGUGCUGCACUUGUCCUACCUAGUUAUCAGUGAAGAUGGCUGUUGGAUCUGGUUCUCCAGCACCUUUAAAGAAGGUCCAAAGAGUCCAGUUUGGCAUAUUCAGUCCUGAUGAACUUAAACAAAUGUCAGUGACCGAGGGAGGAGUAAAAUACUCAGAAACCAUGGAGGGAGGAAGACCAAAGUUGAAUGGCUUGAUGGACCCUCGUCAGGGCUGCAGUGAUCGCUUUUCACGAUGUCAGACAUGUGCUGGAAAUAUGACCGAGUGCCCUGGUCACUUUGGACACAUUGAGCUUUCAAAACCAGUAUUCCAUGUUGCUUUAAUUCCUAAAAUCAUUAAAGUUUUAAGAUGUGUGUGCUUUUACUGUUCCAAACUACUUGUUGAUCAGGACCAUCCAAAAAUCAAGGAAAUCAUGUUAAAAACACAUGGCCAUGCAAGAAAAAGAAUAGUCCAUGUUUAUGAACUCUGUAAAGGAAAAAAGAUUUGUGAAGGUGGUGAUGAAAUAGAUGACAAACUUGAUGGUGCUGCAGGUGAUGGUGAAGUAAAAAAGGGUCAUGGUGGUUGCGGUCGUUACCAGCCACAAAUCAGGAGGCAAGGUCUGGAGCUUACUGCUGAGUGGAAACACGUGAAUGAGGAUUCACAGGAAAAGAAAAUUGUCUUGACGGCAGAAAGGGUUCACGAGAUCUUUAAAAGAAUUUCAGAUGAAGAAUGCACAAUCAUUGGCAUGGAUCCUCAGAAUUGUCGCCCGGAUUGGAUGAUUUUGACUGUGUUGCCUGUGCCUCCAUUACCUGUCCGACCUUCCAUUGUCAUGCACGGUGGAAGUGCUAGAAGUCAAGAUGAUUUGACUCACAAGCUUUCAGAUGUUGUUAAAUGUAAUAAUGGCCUUAAAAGAAAUGAACUGAAUGGUGCAGCCGCUCAUAUCAUCGCUGAAGAUACGAAGAUGUUACAGUAUCAUGUAUCAACGUUGUUUGAUAAUGAAAUCCCCGGCUUACCUAAGGCAAUGCAAAAGUCAGGGCGUCCUUUGAAAUCAAUAAAGCAAAGAUUGAAAAGCAAAGAAGGUCGUAUUCGUGGUAAUCUCAUGGGAAAACGAGUUGAUUUCUCUGCCCGUGCUGUUAUUACACCAGAUCCGAAUCUUUCAAUUGAUCAAGUGGGCGUUCCGAGAAUGAUCGCGCAGAAUUUAACUUUCCCAGAAAUUGUGACACCAUUCAAUAUUGAUCGCAUGCAGGAACUGGUUCGUCGUGGUAGUUCUCAUUAUCCUGGAGCAAAAUAUAUCAUUCGCGAUAAUGGAGACCGAAUUGAUUUACGUUUCCAUCCAAAACCCAGCGAUUUGCAUCUUCAAUAUGGCUACAAGGUGGAGCGUCAUUUGAGAGACGAAGAUUUGAUUGUAUUUAAUCGUCAACCAACUUUGCACAAAAUGUCUAUGAUGGGUCAUCGCGUAAAGGUUUUGCCUUGGUCCACGUUUCGUCUUAAUCUCAGUGUCACAACACCUUACAACGCUGAUUUUGACGGUGAUGAAAUGAAUCUUCACGUGCCACAAUCGCUUGAAGCACGUGCUGAAAUAUCCGAAUUAAUGAUGGUGCCACGACAGGUUAUCACACCACAAUCAAACAGACCCGUCAUGGGUAUUGUGCAAGAUUCGCUAACAGCUGUUCGGAAAUUUACCAAGAGGGAUGUUAUGAUGGAAAAGGAUGUCGUUAUGAACUUGUUGAUGUGGUUACCAAGCUGGAACGGCAAGUUACCAGUCCCAGCAAUAUUGAAACCCAAACCAUUAUGGACUGGAAAACAGAUCUUCUCAAUCUUAAUCCCUGGCAAUGUCAAUAUGAUUAGAGCUCACAGUACCCAUCCUGAUGAAGAAGACGAUGGACCAUACAGACACAUUUCACCUGGUGAUACAAAGGUAUUGGUGGAAGAUGGUGAUCUACUGUCAGGAAUUAUCUGUAAGAAAAGUUUAGGAACGUCGUCCGGCAGUUUGGUUCAUAUCGUCGCCAUGGAGUUAGGCCAUGAAGUCGCUAAGAAUUUUUAUGGAGAGAUCCAGACUUGUGUUAACAACUGGCUGUUGAUUGAGGGACAUAGUAUUGGCAUAGGAGAUUGUAUUGCUGAUAACGAAACGUACGAGGUUAUUCAGAAAACGACGAAAAAAGCAAAGGAUGACGUUAUUCAGGUUAUCGAGAAGGCCCACAAUGACGAACUUGAACCAACUCCUGGUAAUACCUUGAGACAGACGUUUGAAAACCAGGUGAAUCGUAUCCUAAAUGACUGUCGUGACAAGACUGGUAGCAGCGCUCAGAAAAGUUUAUCAGAGUUCAAUAAUUUCAAAGCUAUGGUUGUAGCUGGCUCUAAAGGUUCCAAAAUCAACAUUUCACAGGUUAUUGCUGUGGUAGGACAGCAGAACGUUGAGGGUAAACGAAUCCCAUUCGGAUUUAACCAUCGUACAUUACCUCAUUUUAUCAAAGAUGAUUAUGGUCCUGAGAGUAGAGGUUUUGUUGAGAACUCGUAUCUUGCUGGCCUUACACCAACCGAGUUUUUCUUUCACGCCAUGGGUGGUCGUGAAGGUCUGAUUGAUACCGCUGUGAAAACUAGUGAAACUGGUUACAUUCAGCGUCGUCUGAUCAAAGCUAUGGAAAGUGUUAUGGUAGCUUACGAUGGAACAAUACGUAAUUCUGUCAAUCAAGUUAUUCAGUUAAGAUAUGGUGAAGAUGGAAUGGAUGCGACCCACAUCGAGUUUCAAAAUAUGCCUUCCCUAAAACCGAAUACUGCAGCUUUUGAAAGAAAGUUUCAUUUUGAAUCUGGAAUUGAGAGGAGAAUGAAACGAUUUCUUCAGGAUGAAAUAGUUCGGGAUAUCGUGGGAAGUGCUGCUGCUCAUCAUGAACUAGAAGCAGAGUUUUCCCAAUUAGAGAAGGAUCGUGAGGUGUUGAGAUCCAUAUUUCCUUCUGGUAACAGCAAGGUUGCCCUCCCUGUAAACCUCGGUCGUUUGAUUUGGAAUGCUCAGAAGACAUUUCACAUUAACAAGCGGAUACCCAGUGAUUUGAAUCCUGUCAAGAUUGUUCAAGAUGUUCGUAAACUAAGUGACAGGCUUGUGGUGGUAAAAGGUGAUGAUCCCAUCAGUAAACAAGCUCAAACUAAUGCGACCUUGUUAUUCAACAUAUUACUCAGAUCAACAUUAUGCUCCAAAAGAGUAUUGGAAGAAUUUCAUUUGUCCUCUCAGGCCUUCGACUGGAUUGUUGGAGAGAUCGAGACAAGGUUUAACUUAGCACAGGUUCAACCAGGGGAGAUGGUAGGCCCACUUGCGGCUCAGAGUCUUGGUGAACCUGCCACUCAGAUGACCUUGAAUACUUUCCAUUAUGCUGGUGUCUCCGCCAAGAACGUAACUUUGGGCGUACCAAGAUUGAAAGAAAUCAUGAACGUAUCAAAAAGACCGAAGACGCCCUCGUUGACCGUGUUUCUAGUCGGCAAACCGGCUAGAGAUGCGGAAAAAGCGAAGGACGUGCUUUGUCGAUUGGAACACACGACAUUGCGAAAGGUAACAGCCAACACAGCUAUAUAUUAUGAUCCCGAUCCUCAGAACACUGUCAUUUCUGAAGAUCAAGACUUCGUGAAUGUCUACUAUGAAAUGCCUGACUUUGACGUCACACGAAUCUCGCCUUGGUUGUUGCGUAUUGAGCUGGACAGAAAACGAAUGACAGACAAGAAGCUGACCAUGGAACAAAUAUCUGAGAAAAUUAAUAUGGCAUUUGGAGAUGAUCUGAAUUGUAUUUUUAACGACGAUAAUGCCGAGAAAUUGGUGCUUCGUAUCAGGAUCAUGAAUAAUGAUGAAAAUAAGAUGCAGGAGGAAGAGGAGCAGCUCGAUAAGAUGGAUGACGAUGUCUUUUUGCGUUGUAUCGAAGCUAAUAUGUUGACCGAUAUGACAUUGCAAGGAAUCGAAGCAAUUUCUAAAGUUUAUAUGCAUUUACCACAACAAGAUAGUAAGAAAAGAAUUGUAAUAACUGAGCAAGGAGACUUUAAAGCACUACCAGAAUGGCUGCUGGAAACAGAUGGUGUUAGUUUAAUGAGAGUUUUGAGCGAUCAAGAUGUAGAUCCAGUAAGGACAACCUCGAAUGAUAUCUGUGAAAUAUUUUCCGUGCUUGGUAUCGAGGCUGUGCGGAAAGCAGUUGAACGGGAAAUGAAUCACGUCAUCUCGUUUGAUGGUUCGUACGUAAACUAUCGUCAUUUAGCGUUGCUGUGUGACGUCAUGACGUGUAAAGGGCAUUUAAUGGCCAUUACUCGGCACGGAAUUAACAGACAAGAUUGUGGAGCUCUUAUGAGAUGCUCAUUUGAGGAAACUGUUGACGUAUUAAUGGAGGCCGCUUCUCACGGCGAAGUAGAUCAUUUACUUGGAGUCAGCGAAAGUAUCAUUAUGGGUCAACUACCUAAGAUUGGAACUGGAUGUUUUGAUCUAAUGUUGGAUUCUGAGAAAUGCAAAAAUGGAAUGGAAAUCCCAACACAUAUGCUUGCUAGUGGCCUGUUUGGAAGUGGACCGAUGGCUGCGCCAGGAAUGUUCUUUGGUUUAGCAAAUUCUCCUACCUCAGCCAUGUCUCCUCAAAUGACACCGUGGAACCAAGGAGCCACUCCAAAUUAUCAAGAGGCAUGGAGUCCAGGCAUGGGUAGUGGUAUGACUCCUGGAGGUGCAGGGUUUUCUCCAGCCGGAUCUGAUGCCAGUGGAUUUAGCCCAGGUGGUGGGUUUAGUCCUGGUGGUUGGAGUCCAAAUCCUGGGUCACCUGGUUCUCCUGGUGGACCUGUCAGUCCCUAUAUCCCCAGUCCAGGUGGUGCUGCCAGUUAUUCACCAGCUAGUCCUGCGUUUAUGCCAAGUUCACCAUCUAUGUCACCUACCAGUCCAUCUUACUCACCAACAUCCCCUGGUUAUUCACCUACAUCACCUAAUGCCGGUGGUUUCACUCCUGCAAGUCCUAGCUACUCUCCUACUUCACCCUCCUACUCCCCAACCUCACCAUCCUAUUCCCCGACUUCGCCGUCUUACUCCCCAACUUCACCGUCGUAUUCUCCUACAUCUCCCUCAUAUAGUCCUACAUCACCCUCUUAUUCUCCCACUUCACCAUCAUACUCCCCAACUUCGCCCUCGUAUUCACCAACCUCACCCUCCUAUUCACCAACUUCUCCAUCUUACUCGCCCACAUCUCCCUCAUACAGCCCGACAUCUCCAUCCUAUAGUCCUACCUCACCAUCCUACAGUCCAACCUCUCCUUCCUAUUCACCGACAUCUCCAUCGUACUCACCCACUUCUCCCUCUUAUUCCCCAACAUCUCCGUCGUACUCUCCAACAUCACCCUCCUACUCACCAACAUCACCAAACUACAGCCCUUCAUCCCCAUCGUACUCCCCAUCUUCACCAUCUUAUUCUCCUUCUUCUCCAAGUUAUACCCCGGAGUCAAACCGAAACUACUCACCAUCAUCGCCAUCAUAUUCCCCAAGUUCUCCGAAGUACUCACCAUCAUCUCCAAGUUAUUCUCCGACUUCUCCAAGUUACUCCCCAACUUCUCCAAAAUACAGUCCCACAUCACCAACCUAUUCACCCACCUCCCCAUCGUACACACCAUCAUCUCCGAAAUAUUCUCCAACCUCACCCACAUACUCCCCAACAUCCCCCACAUACUCUCCAACUUCACCGAAUUACUCCCCGACUUCACCACAAUAUUCUCCUGCCUCACCUCAAUAUUCACCCACAUCCCCACAGUAUUCUCCCUCCUCCCCCCAGUAUUCCCCAUCCUCUCCUCAGUACUCGCCAAGUUCACCUCAAUACUCUCCAAACUCACCGACAUCACCGCAUUAUUCCCCAAGUUCUCCGCAGUAUUCACCAUCAUCUCCUAAUUAUUCCCCUACCUCUCCACAAUACUCCACUGGUGAAGACUAUAGUCCUGUUGCGCCCAGAUACUCUCCAUCGUCGCCGACGUACAGUCCUUCAACACCCGGCGGUGCUUCAAACGUCUCCCCACAGUACUCCCCUUCAUCACCACAAUAUUCUCCAACUUCUCCAAGUUAUACACCUGCUACACCUGGGUAUUCUCCGGGGUCAGCGUAUUCUCCGUCUAGUCCUGUGUAUUCACCUGACGACGGUGAAGAGCAAAAGAAGAAAAAGAAGUGAUGAUUGCAUGGUCAAGUUAUGAUCAUCAUCAUUUUAUGAUGACAACAAAAUCGUCCAACGUGAACAAAAUGAAUGUUUUGGUGUGGCCAUGUACUGCAGUUUAGUCAAGUUCGUGGCUAUAAGAAGAUUUUUUAAAUUUUAACGAUUGUAGGAAAACCUGUUUGUCGUAAAAUUGUAAGGCCAUUGCGCUGCGAAAAUAGAUGCUGUGGAUGUAUAGUCCAUAGAUAAUAAGUAAUAACAAUACUGGAUCCAGCGUUAGGCAAAAUAAAUCACUGCAGCAAAUUUUAAUUUCAAAUCACCGGAAUAACCGUGCUAUUGGCUUUCACAAGUAAUUUUUAUUUCAGAAUUUAAAAUCUUGCAAUGGAAUUAUUUUGAGAGGUUAUGUUGGUCAUAUCCCCGUUAUUUUAAACUCCAACCAUAAGGUUUUUUUUAUCUGAGCUAAUGUUAACUUUUAUAAUUUAUUUUGACUAACGCUAAAUCCGCCACUGGUCAGUCAGUCAUAACAUAGGAAGUACGAUAAACUUUCAGACUUCAAAAUGAAUUAAUAUUUGAUGUUAAUUUGUUUUCACCGUGUACGAGUUUGCGUUAACGUGUGAAAAAGAUAGAUCAAAGUGUUCGCCGAGUUUCCUAGCUAUGUUUCUAAUGAUUAUGCUUAUACAAUUGAUUUUGAUGUCUGAUUGUAUUAUAGAUUUUGUCCCUACAUUCUCUGCAUUGCAAUCCACCCCGGAUGUUUAUAAAAUAGCCGAAAAAUGCGAAUAACUCUUUUUUUAAGAGUUCCGAAAAUGUGUUGAUAACUCUUUAGACUUUAGAGUGUUAUCGUACAACAAAUAAAGACGCAUUUUAAGAAAAACAGGGGUGUUGAAAUGGUUAGUCUAUGGAGACACUCUACAACUGACUCACCAAAUCCUAUCAUAUUUUAGGGGCUGGAUACAAGGCAGAUUAACUGAGAUAAGGAUUCCAAUUAGCGAAUAAUUGUGAUUUAAUUCUUUGAAUAUUUCCACAAAUACGAAAAAUCUUUUCGUACAUGGAUCAUAAACUUUCUAUGUAUUCACUAUUGUAUUUGACUUGUAUAGUAACAAAUAUCAUAGAUUGUGUAAAAAUAAAGAAGUAAAAAACCUA